AUGGCGGAGCAUUUAUUUUUCCCUGAAACUCCUCAAAAGCCUCUUCGAAUAGAAUAUAAUGGUCCGCUAUACGAUGGCGCCGAGUGGGAUGAAUACCCCAUCCGCCAUGGGUGGAAAGACGAAAAGGGCGAGGAAACAUGGACUGGGAGAGACCGAAAGAGGGUUGAAUGUUGGCUUUAUUUUGGAAUGCUAUUUUACGUAUUUGGAGAGAAGCUGGACCAGUCUGAUUUUAUUCUCUCCGAAGAAGUUUAUGAUGAUUAUUAUGGGCCGAGACAGAAGCAGUUCUUGACUACGACCCAUCUCCAUAAAUACAUAGACGAUGCCCAGGAGUGGGAGAGUAAAAAAUACGGCGAACGAGCCGUAACAAUUGUGGAAAAGGUCUGCAAUGAGCUGGAGAACAACAAGGACAAGUUCCUUCUGCGGGAUGACAUGAAACUAGCAAUACGCUUGAUUUGUCGCGCCCUCUGGAAUGCUACUGUUAAACGAGACGGAAAGCGAACUGAACCCCAGCACGUUUCCAAAUGGCUACUAAGUAACACCUAUGAGACUGCUGAAAUGAUCAGGAGCGGAUGGUGUCCAUGGGAAAUAGUGAAAGCUCGUUUCACAGGCUGCUAUGUUGACACUAUAGCGUAUCUGCUUCAGCUUGAUCGCAAAAAACCGACGUGGGACAAUAGGACGCAUCUUGAUUGUAAGAUGACAGAAUGCGUGGCACACAAUAUCGAUGAAAGUACUUAUUUGAUGAGGCACGUCGCAGAAGGAUGUGAAUGCGAUUGUCUGCAGGCGGAUGCUGAGCAACUGCAAACUAUUCUAAAAAAUGGAGACAUCCCUCUUGUGAAAAUCACACCUCUGGCUGGCGAGAGCGACGAUCCAGGAUUCAAGGUUGAGAUUGUUCGCAAAAGGACUGGGAGACCAUACGUGGCGAUCUCGCAUGUGUGGUCCGAUGGAAUGGGAAAUCCUGAUGGUAACUGGCUUCAUAGCUGUCAGGUGGGACUUCUCUACGAGCAGGCGAGGCGUCUCGUCUCAGAUAAGAAACACAUCCCACGACAAGUUGGCGAUCCCUUGGAGCACGUCGAAGCCGGUAUGUCUCGACUGGCUCAUUUUGCUAUCAAUCAGACUCGUGGAAAGGAUAAAUCAGUAUUAGUAUGGAUUGAUACAUUGUGUGUCCCGCAUGAACGGGACGCCCGAAAUUUGGCAAUCCAGCGGAUUCGGCAAGUUUAUCUAGACGGUAUGUUCAUUGAUCUCGCUCUAGAUUCAAAGUAUAAUGAAAGCUCAUGUAUGAUAUCAGCAUAUCGAGUCUUAAUCUUUGAUUCGGAAAUGCGGCAAGUCGAAUCGAACUCUAUCUCUCGGGCACAGCUUCUCACCCGAGUCGUAUUCUGCUCAGGCUGGAUGCGUCGUCUAUGGACGCUUCAAGAAGGGCUCGCGGCCAAAUACCGUCUUUAUAUGCUAUUUUCCGAUCAGCCAGUCAAUAUAGCCACUAUCGGCGACGAGCUUCUCACCAAAGCCGACAAGAAUAAGUUACCUAUCUUACAAGAAAGUAUCGCAAAACAUGCGAUGGCGGUCUGGUUCAUUUUUUUCAAGGAGUCGGUCGAUUACGCAUCGAAAUUUCUGCGGACAUUGGACGUUCUUGCAAGCCCGUUUAUGAAACCGAGUUUUGACAAGGGUCAUAUAUUGUCUUCUAAUUGGUACAACGUGGGUACACGCACUGCUACGAAACCGGGAGAUCGUCCCAUUAUCUUGGCUGGUGUGUUGGACAUGGACGUUAAACCAAUAUUAGACGCCAAGGGUCCUGAAGAGCGUAUGCGAGUUUUUUACAGCAUGUUGAACGAAUUUCCGUACGACAUCUUAUUUGAGGCGGAGCCGCGUUUUGAAGAUGAGGGGAUGCGUUGGGCAGUGAAAGCAUGUCAAUACUCCAGUACGCCCCAUUUUCUUGGAGGGGAAUCAGGCAAAAUCACUCCCAGAGGCCUGCAGGUAUCAGCUUUGUCUUCUUGGUUAUUUCCGUCUGUAGUGGCGUUGGAUAUAAGCAGUGAGGAUUUUCAGUCCACUUCCGGUGACUGGCUUGUGCAGCAUAACCUGAAAGGUGUAACCCAACCCGAUGCUUGCACAUUGCAUUUCAAAAGUUCGGUGAAGUUGAUGCCGGAUAAGGUAUAUGGGGUUAUCUUGGAAUCGCAUACUGGGCAGCACUGUCCUUUUGCUUUGGUGGAAUAUCAGUCUACAGAGGCUGACAAUGUUCACUAUGCCCGGCACGUGGGCGUGGGAUUUGCACGACGUGUUUUAGUUUGGGGUCUUUUACCUCAAGAUGGAUACCUGCUACCGUUUGGCUUUAAAAGCCUUGAGAAACGGGUUUGGGUCGUUGGCUAG